GCCAUCGCAUUCCCGCUCGGCGCCUGGGGUUCGGAGAGGAGAUUGUUCGACCUCCGGCUAGCUGGAGCAGAGUCGGCCAGGAAAAUGCCGCCGACCACCGUGGAGGACCUACCCGCCGACGUGCUGGCCUGCGCGCUGCGCCGCCUCGACGGCCGGUCCCUGGCUGCCGCGAGCUGCGCCACGGCAGGCCUCCGCGCCCUCGCCGGGGAGCCGGAGACGUGGCGCGCGCUCUGCGUCGCACGGUGGCCGUCGUUGCUACAGACCCAGCAGCGCGACAUCCUAGGCUCCGCGUCCGUCUCUCCGCAGCUCCUCUUCGCCGACGCCUUCGCCUUCCCGUCCAGCUCCACGGGUGCUGGUCCCGUCACCGCCGCUGGUCAAUGUCUGCCCGGCGAGCUCAUCUCCGCCGUGGACGUCUACCACAAGGGAGCGCCCCUGUUCUCUCGGGUCCUGGAGACCUCCACGUCGUCCGCGUGGUUCCUGACCUCGCCGUUCCGCGUGGACGCCGUCGAGUGCAAGGACCCGCUGCCGGCUGCCUCGUUUUCUCCGGCGGAACUGGAGCUCAGCUGGAUCGUUGUUGACCCCCGAAGCGGCCGGGCCGUGAACGUGUCGAGCCGGCGGGCGGUGGCCGUGGAUAGACACUGGUACACAGGCGAGAUGUUGGUGCGGUAUGCGAUGGUGCUCGACGGGAGCAAGUUCGAGGCCACAAUCACCUGCUCCGAGGAGGCCGGAUACCUUAGCGAGGUCAGCCUCACCGUCGAGGACGCCGAAAACGCGGCGGUGAACGGCGAAGGCAGCCUGAGGCUUCUUGCAGCCGCAAUGGAAGGACCGAGGAAAGGAGGGGAGAAGGAGACAGAGGAGGCCAGGAGGAGGUACGAGGAGUUCGUGAGGAGCAAGAGGGGGAGGAAGGAGUCCAAGGCAAGGCGGGAGGUGCUCGUCGACUUGUGCUGCUCCGCCGUCGGCGCCGUCGCUGUGCUCAGCUUCCUCGCCUCCGUCGUGCUGCGGUAGACUCUACCGUACCUGCGAUCUCAUCUCUCGGUGGAGAGAAAAAGCACCAACACAUCUAUUCUUUAUUCUUUCUUAUUCUUUUCGACGAGAAUUAUAAUAUUGAUUUAUGUAUUUUUUAAUGAUAA